AUGACCAUCUCAACACCCCCGUCAACCACUCUCUCGGCACCACCAUCACCAACAGAGCUUCCCACGUCGAAUCUUCCACCAGCGGACACGUCAGACGAAGGACUCGAAAGGCUCUCGCCGUCGCAGAAACGCAUCAUCAAAACCACAACAACGGUUAUAACGCCGAUAUUCAUGCGUCCCAAGCCCAUCUACAUCAUUGUCGCCACGUCCCUGAAUCCACCCAUGGGCAUUGGAUUCAAGGGCAAGCUGCCCUGGCCGGGGAUCAAAGCGGACAUGGCUUUUUUCAAACAAGUCACCUCGCACGUCCCUGUGGAGGAAGAGACUCCGAAAUCUAGACCGAUCAACGCCGUCGUCAUGGGGAGGAAGACGUGGGACAGUAUCCCGCCCCGGUUUCGACCGUUGGCAGGACGAUUGAACGUGAUCAUCACGCGAGGGAGCCCAAGUGACCUGUCACAGAGGAUAUUGGCGGAGAUCCAGGCCUCGUCAGAGGACUCUGAUGCUCCUCCAGCAUGGGAAACCCACCAUCUCGCCGCCGGGAGCGUGAAGGGCCGGUCACGGUCCCGGACGUCCCAGCAAAGUACCAUCACAGUCCUGACGCCACCGUCUUUCCCACCUCGGUCCUCGAAACGGGCCGUUUUCUCGCCGAUCAUGAUCUCUCAGUCUCUCUCGUCGGCCCUGUCGUUGCUGUCCUCGCCCACGCCCAUCUCCCUAUCAUCGGCCACCGCGACGUCCUCCCCACCAGCAGCACCGUCAACGAUCUCCAUCCACAAGAUCUUCUGCAUCGGCGGCGCCGAAAUCUACCGCCAAGUCCUCGCCCUGUCAUCCCAUGGAUCACACACUCCGACCACGCCCACCGCCGGCGGGCCGGGCAGCGAAACCGGCACAGACACCGAGGGCGAAACCCAAGCACCACCAGCACCAGCACCAGCACCAGCAUCCACCGCCUCAUUCGACCCGUUCAAGGAAUCCGAGCACCUUCACUUCGACGUGCGGAUCCUGCAGACGCAGAUCCGCAAACUCGCAGCUCCGGCAUCGGGGUCUGCCACAGCAUCGUCAUCGUCACCCCCAUCCCAGCCCUCUUCCGAGUAUCCACGAAGAAACUCCAAGAUCCCAGUCGAUUUCGAGUGCGACACCUUCUUCCCGGACCUGCUACCGUCGCCGGGCUCGGGCGUCAAGUCCGCCAAGUGGAGGCCCGUGCUUCGAGGCGAGGGCGUGAAGGAGUGGAUCAGCGAGGCCGUCACGCUGCCUCAGCACGCGGGACGCAGGAAGGAAAGCAUCCAGGAUGAAGUGGUGGGCGAGGCGGACGCGGACGCGGACGAGAGCGAGAGCGAGCGCGAGCGGUCCGACGAGAAGGACGGCAAGGAACUGUGGUUCAGGGACGAGAAGGCCGGCGUGGAGUGUCGGACUAUCGGGUGGGAGAGGCGCUGA